UUUAUAGCUAGAUCUAGAUCUAGAUUUCUAGAGCUAGACUAAAAAAAUGGCUGAUGACUAUGAAGGGGAAGUAUGUUGUAUCGAAGUAGCAAAAUUGAUCUUACCAGGGGAAAUUAUAAAGACAAGAGUUCUUCUCGACCACACAAAAACAGUUUGUUCAGAGAAAGAAAGGCUGUUGAGGGAUGCACAAAUCGACUACUCAAAUAAAAAGUUUGUGAUGUUGGCGAUAGGUACCCAGAACUCAAGGACAGUUUUAGAAGAUGACAAAAUAGUUAUUUCUUAUGCUGAAUGUCUAGGAACAGAUGUGGAAAUAGAAAUUAUAGAAUCUAGGCCUGGACUUGAGAACACAGGAGUAACAGCUAAACCAGAAAACUUCGGAGUGUCAAUGAAAUAAGAUUAUGAGAUGCAUAACAUUUAGCUUAAUUUAAAAAAAAAAAUAACAUACAAAAAAAUAGAAAAAAAAAAUUAAUAAAACUUCUUGUAGUGUUAAAAAAAAGGAUUUAGCAACCAAAUAUUUGAUGUUUUAACUUUUAAAUUAUAAAUCUGAUUUGGUAUAAUUGUGUGAAAUCUAGACAAAACAGUAACAACUUUAAAUAAACUUUAAAAAAAAAUAAAAAUGAUAUAUGUGAUAUUAUGGAACAAAACUAAAUAUUUAGCAUUUUAACUUUAAAAUAUAAAUAUAAAUAUAAUUUGGUAGGCCUACAAGAUGUAAAAUAAAAAAUUAAAAUAUUAAAGUGAUAGACAGUAGGGUAGUAAGAGCAGUUGAGACUUUUGGAAAUCUUUUUGCUUGAAGGUAUUUAUGGAAUGUUAUGAACUUAUUUAUGUAAACAUAUGGUUAGUUGUAUUAAAAGAGGUUUAUUAAUAAUUAAUGUAUGAAUGAUCAAUGUUGCUGUGUGAUUGAAUGAACACUGAGACCAUGAGUGUAAUAAAUGCAUAAAUACUUGUAUGGCUAAAUAAUGUAAAAAUAUUUUUUUUCUUAUUCUGAAUUUUAAUUUUUCUUUCAUCAUGUUACAUGAUUUAUGUAUUUAUCAUACAUCGCAAGACAUAAAAUAAUAUCAUCCAACACUCACAGUUAUAGUUUUUAUCCAAAUGAGCAGUCUUCACUUGCUAUUUCUAAGGCUGAGCAAUUAUAAGUUACCUAACAAUACUAAUAACUGACCAUUUUAUUUUCUUGAUAUUUAAACUUUGAUACAUUAUUUUUUAAAUUGUUUGAAUAUUUAAAUAAAGAUAAUGAAGUUGAUGUUUGAAAAUACUAGAAUUAACAUCUUUAGCUAAAACAUUUUUAACAUAGUUUACUUUGUAUCUGUAGUCAAUUUAGCAUUUUUCAAAUUAAUGUUUUUCAUCAUUUUUCAUUAUUUAAAAAAUUUCUAUCUCUAUCAUUAGAAUUCUGUUGAUUUUAAAAGACAAAAAAAAAAUGGCAACCCCAGUUUAUCUAUGUAGGCUACUUGUUGUGAUUAACUCCAAUCUAUAUUUUAAACUGCAGGCUUUGGGUUCCUUUUUUUUUAGAUUUCACCAUUAUGUUGGAUUGUGUGGUCAACACCAUACCAACCAAAACUAUACCUCCCUGACUUUUUGAAUGACCAUUAUGGUGACCUUGGGGUCACAGACAAAGGCAGGCUUUUAUUUUGUCAGUGGGGGGGGGGGGAAAUGUCAUUUUAAUGGCAAAUAAAAACCACUUUUCUUUCUAUGCCACAUUCAGGUGUAGUAAAUCUAGAUGUAAGGUUUUCAUUUUAAGCUAUUACAAUAUUUUUCUGAUUUAGUACAUGGUGCCUUUUUGAUGACUUAGUUUUAUGCUUGAGUUGACCUCAUAGUCUCAUUCUGACUUGACCACAUAGUUGUAUAUAUGACUUGAUAACACAGUCAUAUGUCUGACUUGACAAUACAGUCUUAUGUCUGACUUCAGUACAGUCUUACACGUCAAAAAAAUCUCUAUGUGAGCUAUCACAUAGUUGUUCACUGUUUAAGAAAUACUGAACAUUAAAUUCUUGUUUUUUUAUUUUAUGUUGCAUUUUAUUUUUUAUUUAACAUUCAUACUAGACAGAAAACUAGACUCUUACUAAAAUUUUUUAGUUCUAUUGGAAAUCUAAAUAGAUUUUAUAUCUUCAAGUGAUUGUACUUCUGACUUAAUUUUUUGAUUUGUGAAACAUACUUAUUAGAUGCUAUUUUACUAUGGCUCUGUAUUUUUCCCCAUACAUUUUGUUGAGGUUUAAAAGUGAAUAAAAUCUUUUAGUGAAGUAAGUUACAUCAAUUGUUCUGUGAUUAAUGUUGAUGUAGGUCACUUAAUGGAUCUAAAUAAAAAAAAAAUAUAUAUUUAUAUUAGUUU